AUGAGCCUUAAUAAUUUUGAUGAGGCUUUACUUUCCUCCUCCGAAGAGGAAAGAAUGUUGAUGGAGAAUGGAGAGGAUGAUUUAGAUGUUCCAAAGGAAUUAUCGAUCGAUAAUAUCAGAGGGAUGAAAGCUAGUAUUGAGAAGAAUGUUAAAGACCUUGAGGAAGCUCUUGCGGAAGUAACCACAUCAAACGAAGAACCAAAUCAUGAAUUGAUCAACGAGUUGAAUUUAGCCUUAGUGCAAAGUAACUUGCUCCUGGAAAAAAUAGUAAUCAUUGAAGAUGGAUACAAAAAGGCUAUCAAAACCGAUACUCUUCUCUCACAGGAAAUAACUGAUCUUGCCGAACAACUAGGCUUUAUUGUACCUCUACACUUAACAAAGACAAUAGAAGAAAUUUCGGAAAGCGUAUCACCCAAUACACAUCUCAACAAUGAAGAAGAAGAAAAUGGCUUAGAAGUUAGGGAGGGUGAUUACAAGUUUGUUUCAUUCGAUGAGUUGGAGAAGUAUUUGAACGAGCCGUUACUGCCAGAAGAUAGGAAUCAAACUCCAAAAGAUAACACUCCCCAAAGGGCAGCAGUUUCAAGUACUUCCACACCAAGUACCAAUAUAGUCCCAAUGCAAUCACCAAAAAUCACUAAAUCAUCACCACCACAAUCUUCACAACAUUCACCAGCAGAUUCUUUAGAAGGUGAACCUGUAACACCAAUUACAUCAAGAGAAAAGGAAUUAAGAAAGGAAUAUUUGAAGAACAGUAUUAAUAUGAGUAAGGUUUCCUUCUCCUCCCCAACCUCAACAGCAUCAAUCUUUUCCACACCAGCUGUUGAGAGGAGUGACAGGAAAAAUUUAGAGGGAGAUGAGUAUAUUGAGAUUACACCAAUUGUGGAGGAGGAAAAUCCAACUCUAACUGAGGAACAGCAACAAUUGAUUGAAGAACAGGAUGUUAACAACCUGUUGGAGCAACUAAUGAUUUACACAAACGGAUUGGAUGAAGCAAAGAACUCACCUCGAAAUAGACCACUUGGUGAUUUGAUAAAGGAUAUCAAGGAAGAAGAAGGCACUCCUCAGGAGAACAUCUCUUCUCCUAGCAUCUUUUUGAGACAAGAAGGAAAUGCAUCCCCUCAUUACACUAGAAUUACACCUAGAGAAACACCAAGAGAACUCCCAAAAGAAAUACAAAGAGAACUUCAAAAGGAAGUUGUCAGAGAAAUACCAAGAGAAACUCAAAGAGUGGUCGAGAGUCCACCUAAACUUUCUGCAACCAAUUUGGAAAACGAAUUCAUGAAGAGAGAUUUGGAAGAUGCAAAGAGUCAAAUAAGCGUAUUGAAACAGCAAGUUGAAUUCCUUCAAUCCAAGGUGGCUUCAACGGAAGCUGAAAAUUCGGAUCUUAAAAUGACAAUUGAAACUCUAUACGAAGCAAAGAAUCAGUUCGAUGCUGAUAUGCAAUCUAUCAAAGAAAAAGAGUAA